UCCCGGGCCUUCCGCCCGGCGCUGGGCGGCGCACUGCCUGACGGGAGUUGCGGUCCCGGCAGUCCGCGGGUCUCAGGCUUUCGGGGCUCCGCCGCCUCUGGAAAACUACAAGUCCCAGGAUCCCUAGCGCGGGCGGGUCACGAGGGAGGGGCGGCGGGCGCGGCUAAAUAGUCUCCAUCGGCCAUUUUGUGGGAGAAGCCGCAGCGCCGCCUCUUCUCUCGCGUCUCCGCAUCCGUCGCCGCCGCCUCUUCCUCCGCCUCCUCCUUCGCCUCUUCCUGCCUCCUCCCGGCUUCCGCCGCCGCCGCUCCAUCGAAUCCCAACCCAGGGGCGAAGCGUUUCCUUAUUUAUUUCCGUUUUCUCGCCACUACAGCCUCCUGACACGGUGAUCCGGGCGGGCCCCGCAGGAAUUUUGUCCCCUCACCGGCCUCACACUAGUGUCGCAUGUCCACUAUCCAGAACCUCCAAUCUUUCGACCCCUUUGCUGAUGCAACUAAGGGUGACGACUUACUCCCGGCAGGGACUGAGGAUUACAUUCAUAUAAGAAUCCAGCAACGGAACGGCAGAAAGACGCUGACUACUGUUCAGGGCAUUGCAGAUGAUUAUGACAAAAAGAAACUUGUGAAAGCUUUCAAAAAGAAAUUUGCCUGUAAUGGUACUGUGAUUGAACAUCCUGAAUACGGAGAGGUUAUUCAGCUUCAAGGUGACCAAAGAAAAAACAUUUGCCAGUUUCUCUUGGAGGUUGGCAUUGUCAAGGAGGAACAGCUUAAGGUUCAUGGAUUCUAAAAUGAACCUAAAUACGUGGAGAAUUUCUUGAAUAAUUCUGUUCUCUAAACCCAGUUUGGCUGCCUUGUGAAAUGAUUCUCUGCAGUAAACGGACUUCUCAUUUAUUUAAUCAUUCAAACUUCCAUUCACAUCUGCAUGAUUACAGAAAACAUGGGGUAUGUAGGCUAGUAACACAUAAGAAAAUUGCAGUAAGAUGGUAACAAAACCCCGUAUUCAUGUUAACAUGUUUCCAAUGGAAAAUAUUUUGUUUUGAGUGUUUAUUUGUUUAUUGUUCAGUUUAUUACUUUUCACUUGAUUAAAUGUUUUUUGUUGUAUUAAACCAUGUAUGUUGCAGCUUAACAAUAAAAAAAAACUGUGAAUCCUUUCGUGAGCAGUUAUGCUCCCAAAUCUAAGCAAGUAAAAUACA